UCUUGCUUGGUUGCUUUUAGGUGUAGUAUUUCGUCCUGUUUGAGCUGGCGUUCUCCUUUCCCCCAGAAUGGCGCUGUCUAAACGAGAGCUGGAUGAGCUGAAACCGUGGAUAGAGAAGACGGUGAAGAGAGUGUUGGGCUUCUCAGAGCCCACAGUGGUCACCGCGGCGCUGAACUGUGUGGGGAAGGGCAUGGACAAGAAGAAGGCAGCUGAUCACCUGAAACCUUUUCUUGAUGACUCUACUCUGCGGUUUGUGGACAAGCUGUUUGAGGCUGUGGAGGAAGGCCGAAGCUCCAGACAUUCCAAGUCCAGCAGUGACAGAAGCAGAAAACGAGAGCUAAAGGAGGUGUUUGGUGAUGACUCUGAGAUCUCAAAGGAAUCGUCAGGAGUAAAGAAGCGGCGGAUACCCCGUUUUGAGGAAGUGGAAGAGGAGCCAGAGGUGAUCCCUGGGCCUCCGUCAGAAAGCCCUGGCAUGCUAACAAAGCUCCAGAUCAAACAGAUGAUGGAAGCAGCAACACGACAAAUUGAGGAGAGGAAGAAGCAGCUGAGUUUCAUCAGCCCCCCCACACCCCAGCCAAAGACGCCUUCUUCUUCCCAGCCAGAGCGGCUUCCCAUUGGCAACACUAUCCAGCCGUCCCAGGCCGCUACUUUUAUGAAUGACGCCAUUGAGAAGGCAAGGAAAGCAGCUGAACUACAAGCCCGGAUCCAGGCCCAGCUGGCUCUGAAGCCAGGCCUUAUUGGCAAUGCCAACAUGGUAGGCCUGGCUAAUCUCCAUGCCAUGGGCAUAGCUCCCCCGAAAGUAGAGUUAAAAGAUCAAAGUAAACCCACACCCCUGAUCCUAGAUGAGCAAGGCCGCACUGUGGACGCUACGGGCAAGGAGAUUGAGCUGACGCACCGCAUGCCCACCCUAAAGGCCAACAUUCGAGCCGUGAAGAGGGAGCAGUUCAAGCAGCAGUUAAAAGAGAAGCCAUCAGAAGAUAUGGAAUCUAACACCUUUUUUGACCCCCGAGUCUCAGUCGCCCCUUCCCAGCGCCAAAGACGCACUUUUAAAUUCCACGACAAGGGCAAAUUUGAGAAAAUCGCUCAGCGAUUACGGACAAAGGCUCAGCUGGAGAAGCUGCAAGCAGAGAUUUCACAGGCUGCUAGAAAAACAGGCAUUCACACUUCAACCAGGCUCGCGCUCAUCGCUCCUAAGAAGGAGCUGAAGGACGGCGACGUCCCUGAGGUGGAGUGGUGGGACUCCUACAUUAUACCCAGCGGCUUUGACCUGGUUGGUGGGGAAAAUCCCAAGAGAGAUGAUUAUUUUGGAAUCACAAACCUUGUUGAACACCCAGCCCAGCUUAACCCUCCAGUCGACAACGACACACCAGUUACCCUUGGUGUGUAUCUUACAAAGAAGGAGCAGAAGAAACUUCGGAGGCAAACGAGGAGGGAAGCACAGAAAGAACUGCAAGAGAAAGUCAGGCUCGGGCUGAUGCCACCUCCAGAGCCCAAAGUGAGAAUCUCAAACUUGAUGAGAGUGUUGGGAACAGAGGCCGUCCAGGACCCCACGAAGGUAGAAGCCCACGUCAGAGCUCAGAUGGCAAAGAGACAGAAAGCGCACGAAGAGGCCAACGCUGCCCGAAAACUUACAGCAGAACAGAGAAAGGUCAAGAAAAUUAAAAAGCUUAAAGAAGACAUUUCACAGGGGGUGCACAUAUCUGUGUAUAGAGUUCGAAACUUGAGCAACCCAUCCAAGAAGUUCAAGAUUGAGGCCAAUGCUGGGCAGCUGUACCUGACAGGGGUGGUGGUGCUGCACAAGGACGUCAACGUGGUGGUGGUGGAAGGGGGCCCCAAGGCCCAGAAGAAAUUUAAGCGUCUGAUGCUGCAUCGGAUAAAGUGGGACGAGCAGACGUCCAGCACGAAGGGAGAUGAUGACGAGGAGUCUGAUGAAGAGGCUGUGAAGAAAAGUAACAAAUGUGCGCUAGUGUGGGAGGGUACAGCCAAAGACCGGAGCUUUGGAGAGAUGAAAUUUAAACAGUGCCCUACAGAGAACAUGGCUCGUGAGCAUUUCAAGAAGCAUGGGGCUGAGCACUACUGGGACCUUGCGCUGAGUGAAUCUGUGCUGGAGUCCACUGACUGAGGCCACUGCAGCCCUGUGUGUCCGUCUUCUCAUUCUCCUUCCCAACCUCACCCCACCGUGCGUGUGAUCUCAGAACUGUGCCAGGCUGUGAUGGGUCACAGAGACACCGAGUCACAGCCUGGUGCUGCCUUCAUCCUGUAUGUGCAUAUGAUUAAAGAGUUAUUUUUAAA